AUGGAGAACGGCCCAGAUGAAAAUGGUAUUCACCAGUGGUCACAUGGCGAUCAGUUCCCAGAGCACUUGAAGAAAUACUGGUUUCAGCGCUUCAAAAUCUGGUCCAAAUAUGACAAGGGCAUCUGGAUGACAGAAGACGCCUGGUUCGGCGUAACCCCAGAACCAAUCGCAAACAAAAUCGCAGCCCACAUCUCCGAAUCCGCUCCCAAAACCAGCAACACCAUCAUCGACGCCUUCGCCGGCGUAGGCGGCAACGCCAUAGCACUCGCCCGCUCCGGCCGCUGGGACCGCGUCUUCGGCAUCGAAAAGGACGCAAAGACGCUCAAAUGCGCAAAACACAAUGCGGAAAUCUACGGCGUGGGCGGGAAAAUCUUUUGGCUCGAGGGUGAUUGCUUCGAGGUGAUGCGGAGAUUCAAGGGCACCGAGGGGCUUGUUGUAUUUGCCAGUCCGCCGUGGGGUGGUGCGUUAUUUUUUUAUUUUCCCUCGUCCCUGUUGCGAACCCACUACACCUCCCCCAACAUCUUCAACCUCGACACCAUGAAACCUUACAACCUCGCCACCCUCCACCGCACCUUCACCUCCUACACCCGCGAACUCGUCCUCUAUCUCCCACGCAACUCGGACCUCAACCAGCUCGCGCGCUACAGCGACGCCGGCACGAAAUUAGAGGUUGCGCAUUACGCCAUCAUGGGCGCGAGUAAGGCGCUUUGUGUGUAUUUUGGGGGGUUUGAGUUUGAGGAGGAAGAGGGGGAGAAAGAGGGGGAGGGAGAGGGAGAGGAAGGAGAAGAAUAG